GUUGUGUCUGUUUUGAGGCAGAAAAAAAAGAAAAAAAGGAAAAAAAAAAAAAACUUCGGACGGUUGCUUGUUAGCGUUUGGUUUCAAUAAACCGAUAACUAUUACAAGAAAAAAAUUAAUACUUAAUAACGAUAAUAAUUCUAAAAAGCAUGUUAGAGUUCAUGUUAGAAGAGUGGGAGAUGUAGCCGGUCGGUUUAUUCCGUUUACGUUAAGCCGCUCGGGGGGGAACCGCAGCCAGGCUGGGACAGUAGCGGAGGGAUUAGCUUCUAGAAGCGGCUAGCCUGCUCGCUAGCUAUGUCGAGGCGCGCUCGGGUCGACUGGUAGCUGGCUGCUCCGUCCUUGUUCAGCGUGAACGCUGGCUGCUCUGCGCGGUUUCUUUAAUCGCAAUACCUGCACGACGGUUAUUGCGUUACGGCUGCCUGGAUAUUUUGUUACCGAGCUGGAGGUUGGAUUUGAAAGCGUGCUAGUCCUGUGAAAAGGGGAAAACUAGCAGGCAUUUUACAGCGGCGCUAGCUUACACCGCCCUGAACACGCUCCUGGUAUCCAGCCAGCACGAUUGGAAAGCUGACGGGUUGAGUGCUAUGUCUUCAGCAGCCACCACACCCCCAUCCGUAGACAAGGUGGACGGCUUCUCCAGGAAGUCAGUCCGGAAAGCUAAGCAGAAGCGAUCCCAGAGUUCGUCUCAGUUCAAGUCUCAGGACAAACCCAUCGAACUAGUGCAGCUGCCGCUACUGAAAGAUGUGUCUGCCCAAGAGCAGCCAGAGUUGUUUCUAAAGAAGCUGCAGCAGUGUUGCACUCUGUUUGACUUCAUAGACACACUGUCUGACCUCAAGAUGAAGGAGUACAAGCGCUCUACCUUGAACGAGCUGGUGGAUUAUGUCACACUAAGCCGUGGUUACCUCACAGAACAGACCUAUCCAGAGGUUGUCAAAAUGGUGUCCUGUAACAUAUUCCGGACACUUCCUCCUAGUGACAGUAAUGAGUUUGACCCAGAGGAGGAUGAACCUACGCUGGAAGCCUCAUGGCCCCACUUGCAGCUUGUCUACGAGUUCUUCAUUCGCUUUUUGGAGAGUCAGGAAUUUCAGCCUAGCAUUGCCAAAAAAUACAUUGACCAGAAAUUUGUACUACAGCUUUUGGAGCUGUUUGACAGUGAGGACCCUCGUGAGAGGGACUGCCUGAAGACUGUCCUGCACAGAAUUUAUGGCAAGUUCCUCGGUCUUAGGGCUUUCAUCCGCAAACAGAUCAACAACAUUUUUCUAGGGUUUGUGUAUGAAACCGAGCACUUCAAUGGAGUGGCUGAGCUGUUGGAGAUCUUGGGAAGUAUCAUCAAUGGUUUUGCACUUCCUCUGAAAGCUGAACAUAAGCAGUUCCUAGUAAAAGUUUUAUUGCCUCUACACUCAGCGAAAAGUCUGUCCCUCUUCCAUGCACAGCUGGCCUACUGUAUUGUGCAAUUCCUAGAGAAAGAUCCCACGCUAACAGAACCUGUGAUAAGGGGCUUGUUAAAGUUUUGGCCAAAAACCUGCAGUCAGAAAGAGGUUAUGUUCCUUGGUGAGUUGGAGGAGAUCCUAGAUGUGAUUGAGCCCACACAGUUUGUCAAGGUCCAGGAGCCUCUGUUCAAGCAGAUCUCCAGAUGUGUAUCCAGUCCUCACUUUCAGGUGGCGGAGCGAGCCCUGUAUUACUGGAACAAUGAAUAUAUCAUGAGUCUGAUAGAGGAGAACUCCAGUGUUAUCCUGCCCAUCAUGUUUGCCAGUCUUUACAGGAUCUCCAAAGAGCACUGGAACCCAGCGAUAUCUGCUUUAAUCUACAACGUGCUGAAAGCAUUCAUGGAGAUGAACAGCGCGCUGUUCGAUGAACUUGCUGCAACUUACAAAUCAGAACGCCAGCGGGAAAAGAAAAAGGAUAAGGACCGGGAGGACUUGUGGCGGAAGCUGGAAGAGCUGGAACUGAGACGAGGAAUUCAGAACAGCGACGGCAUCAUUCCCACCUAAACCAUUGGACGUCGCUCCAUACUUCCAUCAAGCUAAAACCAACGUUCUGCCACAGGGACGCCACAUCUCCAUGUUUCUUGUGCUGCGUACUUUACUGUACACUCCUGCAUUUGUUUGUUUUUCCCCCACCAGCACUGUAAAAAAAAAAAAAAAAAAACCCUUCUCUACUCUGUUUCCUUUGACAAUUUUAUGUAAAAUUCGAAAAGGACAAGGUGUGCUCACACUGGGGGAGAAUAUACACUUCUUGCCAUUACAAAACAAAAAAAAACAUUCACUGUUAAGGGAUGCAUUUUGAAAAGCCUUCACCUGAGAACAUGAGUCUAUAUUCUUUUAUAUAUAUUUCUGUAUAGUGUGUGGUCCCAAAGACUCUCCAUAAUGGAGUCCUGUUAUUUCAUGCACUCUUGAGGCCUUCAUUCAGUCUUGAAUUUAUUUGUCCCAUGUCCUUUUUUGGGGGGGAAAUGUUUGACUAGAAACUUAACACCCAGUACAUAAAUGUCACUGCAAAAUGGAUCAACACGAUCAACAUUUAUUCCAUUCAUGUUGUAUAGACAGAUGUUGGUCCAGUUCUGGUACCAUCCGUGAGUGAGCCACAGCGAGCUCUUAUCUCACUCAAGUGUUUCGCUGUGAAUUGCUUAUGAAGAAUUCAAGAUAGGCCUUUAAAAGAAAAAUAAAUUGACCCCAUCGAAGACGUUAUUCCUCGAAAAGCAGUGUUCAAAACUUCAUUCAGUGUACUGGAAAAGUUGAUUUGUUUUAACAUUGGCAACUCGGACGUCUCCUGCUCAUGUCUUUGGACUUUAACGUGGAAGCUCGUAAACCCGUUUGGAUUAAGCUAGAAUAUUUUUUAAGGAGUGUUUGGAAUGAAAGCCUGCAUAUGUGGCAUAUUUCUGAAUGCUGAACCAGUCUUAUUCCUCAAUGCCACCCACUAUAGUGGCUUAAGACUCAAGCACUUGGAGUUAGAGGUUUGAUGUGCUAACAGGAUUCAAAAUCCUUGUUUUUAUUUUAUUCUGUUUUAUUUCAAAUUAAAAUCAUGGGUGUGGAUUUUA